CCACUACUCCACGACGGGGCAAAACGGGCAUUACGCCCACUUCUCUCUGAUUUCACCAGUAUAACUACCCUCUCUGGCUCUCUCCCCCCCUCAACAAAAGCUCUCGGCGCUUAUUAAGUCUUGACGAUUUAUCAUUCCAUUACAUCCACACCUGCGAUGGAGUACGAGCGCGGUGGCGGAGGCGGCCGCGGCCGCGGGCGGGGCCGUGGAGGCGGCGGAGGAGGAGGGCGCGGAGGUGGCGGCGGAUACGGGCGGCAGCACGGAGGCGGCGGCGACGCCCGCGGAGGCCGAGACGAGUACGGCGGCGGAGGAGGAGGGUACGGAUACGACGAAGGAGAAGGCUAUGGCGGGGGUCGUAGAGGCGGCGGCGGAGGGUACGGGUACGACGUAGGGGGCCGUAGAGGCGGCGGCGGCUACCACCAAGGGCCUCGCGGAGGCUAUGGCACGGGCGGCGGCGGCUACCACCAAGGGCCUCGCGGAGGCUAUGGCACGGGCGGCCGCGGCGGAAACGCGUGGGCGCCGGCUCCUGGCGCGGGGAGAGGUCGCGGAGUUGGCGGUGGCGCGGCCGAGUACGCCCCCGUCAGGGGGCCAGCGCCCGCGCAGGCGCCGGUGGCGAGUCCGCUUGCGCCCAAGGACAAGGAGGCGCCGCGUUCGUCGGGAUCCGUCGAACGCAUCGCAUCCAGCGAAAUGGCCAGAGUAGAACCAAUAGGAUCAACACUAGCUGCCACAUCUUCUGUUAAUACACGUGUGCCAAUGCAGAGACCUGAUUCUGGAGGUUCAUUAUCUCAAGCAACGGUUAAACUUUUGGUGAAUCACUUUAUUGUCAGCUACCGAAAGGUGACAACUAUUUUUCAUUAUGACAUAAACAUCAAGCUUGAUGAAGCUUCGUCUAAUGCUUCGGGCAAAGAGCUAUCCAAGGCAGAAUUUCUCUCUGUCAAGGAUGAGCUCUUCAGGGAAAGCAGUUUACGGCGUCUUUCCUCAUGUGUUGCUUAUGAUGGUGGAAGAAAUCUGUAUACUUCUGCUGAACUGCCUGCAGGUUUAUUUCGUGUGAGAGUUCGAUCAAAGACCUACAUUGUAUCAGUAGAUUUGAAGAAGCAGCUGCCAUUAAGUCAACUCUCAGAUUUACCUGUGCCUAGAGAGGUCUUGCAGGGCCUUGAUGUUGUUGUGCGUGAGGCCUCAAGAUGGAACAAGAUUAUCCUUGGUAGAGGAUUUUACUCACCAAGCAGCAGUAUAGACAUUGGGCAGGGUGCUGUAGCUAUGAAAGGAACCCAGCAGUCCCUUAAAUCCACUCAGCAAGGGUUGAUCCUGUGUGUUGACUAUUCUGUCAUGCCGUUUUACAAAGCUGGACCGGUGAUGGAUCUUGUUCAGAAAUUAGUGAGGUACCUUGAUUAUCGGACAACUUUGAACAAGAGGCAAAUGGAAAAUCUGGUUGAUGAGCUUAAAGGCCGACGUGUAACUGUGAUUCAUCGGAGGACUAAUCAGAAGUACACAGUGCAAGGUUUGACACCCUUACCUGCCAGCCAGAUGACCUUUGUGGAUGCUGAAUCCGGCCAAACACGGAGGCUCGUGGAUUAUUAUGCUCAGAAACAUGGCAAGGUGAUUGAGUAUCAGAUGCUGCCAUGCUUGGAUUUGAGCAAGAGCAAGGACAAACCGAAUCAUGUUCCAAUUGAGCUCUGCACUCUUCUUGAAGGACAGAGGUUUCCAAAAGCAAACUUGAAUCAGAAUUCUGAGAGGAUACUAAAAGGAAGUGCUCUAAUCCGUGCAUCUGACCGGAGGAAGGAGAUUCAAAACUUGGUGAAUGCUUCGGAUGGACCGUGCAGAGGAGAAAUUGCACAGCAAUUUGGGAUUUCCUUGGAUGUACGAAUGACAGAAGUCACGGGUAGGAUCCUUCCUCCACCAAACCUCAAACUUGGGGCAUCCAAUGGGCAGACCUCCAAAUUGAGUAUCGAUCAUGGCUGCCAGUGGAAUCUUGUGAAGAAGAGACUAGUAGAGGGCCGGGUUCUUCAGUGCUGGGGCAUCGUCGACUUCAGUGCUGAGCCGUCUGGCUCUGGCGCCCGUCAGGAGCCCCUCGAUACAAGGAUGUUUGUUGAGAAGAUUGUGAGGAAGUGCUGUGAGCUUGGUAUCCGUAUGAACCCUAAUCCAUGCUUCGUGCACAUAACAAGGAUGGCAGUGCUCUUCGAUCCACAUGGACUACAUGAAGAGCUAAACAAAGCAAAACAAGCUGCAGUGAGCAAGAAGCAGAGGUUGCAGCUCCUUUUCUGCCCGAUGUCCGAGCAGCAUUCGGGGUACAAGACACUGAAGCUGAUUUGUGACACACAGCUGGGGAUCCUGACCCAGUGUUUACUGAGCGACCGCGCAAACAAUCGAAAGGGACAGGACCAGUACAUGACGAAUCUUGCUCUAAAGAUCAACGGCAAGCUUGGGGGCAGCAACGUUCAGCUGUUUGACUCGCUCCCACGGGUCGGUGGUGGGGUACCUUUCAUGUUCAUCGGUGCUGACGUUAACCACCCGUCCCCCGGUAACGUGGAGAGCCCAUCGAUCGCAGCCGUGGUCGCCUCUGUCAACUCUGGUGUCAACAAGUAUGUGACCAGAAUCCGUGCCCAGCCGCACCGCUGCGAGGUGAUCCAGCAGCUUGGUGAGAUCUGCCGGGAGCUCAUUGGAGUCUUUGAGAAGCAGAACCGCGUGAAGCCGCAGAAGAUCAUCUACUUCCGUGAUGGCGUGAGCGACGGGCAGUUCGAUAUGGUCCUGAACGAGGAGCUGGCUGACCUGGAGAAGGCGAUCAAGGUGAAUGGCUAUGCGCCAACCAUCACCGUGGUCGUGGCCAAGAAGCGGCACCACACUCGGCUGUUCCCCAGGGACGAACAGCAGCCGCAGACGAAGACCGGGAACGUGCCGCCUGGCACGGUGGUGGACACGGGCGUGGUGGACCCGUCCGCGUACGACUUCUACCUGUGCAGCCACACUGGGAUUCUGGGGACGAGCAGGCCGACGCACUACUACACCCUGGUGGACGAGCACGGCUUCGGCUCCGACGACCUGCAGAAGCUGAUCUACAACCUGUGCUUCGUGUUCGCGCGGUGCACCAAGCCGGUGUCGCUGGCGACGCCCGUCUACUAUGCCGACCUCGCGGCCUACCGUGGCAGGCUCUACUACGAGGCUGCCAUGAUGGCGUCCCAGGCCCAGCGAGGGGGGUCCUUUGACGUCACUAACUUCCCGAGGCUGCACAAGGAUGUGGAGGACAACAUGUUCUUCAUCUGACACAAGUUUUUUUUUUUUUUUGCCGGUGUCGUGGCGCAAGUUCGGGUCGAUUUUGCUGUGUGGCAACGUCGCAUUGUUUUUAUGCUGUUGCCUUUUUUUGCUUGCUGGUCGUAGUGCCACUGUGUGUUGUUGAAGUCGCUGGUUUGAAACUGCAGUCAGUUAACUGUACGCGUCCUGCUUUGUUUU